UGCAGAUUCGGGAAGGGGGGAAUCCAUUUCAAAUUUCGAAACAGUCCAUUUAAUCCACUUGGUGUAAACAGCAGUCCUUUUCCACAAAAUGCCACCUUGGCUUUUGUUACUGUACUUCUUAAUGUUUGGCUCAAGCAAAGGACUUUUGUUUAAUGUCUCUAGAGGCGUGCAAAAUUGGAACUGGCAGGAUUUGUUUUCGAAUCUCGAUCCUUCCGCGAAGUGUCCCAACAAACUGUCAUCUCCUGACGCCGGCAGUGCUUGGUGCAAGGAAAGGAAAGGAGAAUGCAGCAAUCAAGGAUGUUGUUUAUGUAAAUGUGAAUACCCCUCUGCAACAUUUCAAAUGAACUCGACAACUUGUGUGGGUAAUAGCGUAGUUCGCUUGUCUGCAGGUUGUACUACAUGGUUUCAAAGUGAAGAUGCAACCCAUCCGUUGUCAACACUAGAUUUCUCUUUGCCAGGUUCCAAGGGUAUUCCAUACUUGUCAAAUAAGGCAUAUCAAUGUGAAGUCAAGUCCGUGGAGUACUUAUUGAAUGCAACAUGGAAACAAUUACCCAAGAAAGAGAAAGAUGUUUUUAGUAUUAAUGGCAUCUCUGGAUGGGUUAGAAAUGAGCUUAGGUGGAAAGGAACCAUGGCAGCUAAAUAUUUUGGCUACAUCAUGAGAGUAAACCUUCAAUGUAAAAAGAAAAGUGAUGUGAAACGUUACUGUGUCGUGUUCAAAGCAAAAGGCACACUUUCAUGGAAUAUCCCAGACCCAACAACUAGAGCCCCACCUGUUACCACUACAUUGCCUACCAUGGCAAAAGCUCCAACAACAGCAAUGAGCACUAGAAAGGUGACGACAACCAUGAAGUCAACAACACAAGUGAAGUCAACAACACAAGUGAAGUCAACAACGCAGGUACUGGCAACAACGCAAGGAAAGGCAACUACGCAAGUAAAGGCAACUAAGCAAGUAAAGGUGACAACUCAAGUGAGGCUGACGACACAGAGAACUAGUAGUGCUAUGGCGAGUUUGACUUCAACCUUAGGGAGCCCAUCAACUGUUUCAAAAGCAACGCCUUUUUUUUCUCUCUUCCGUAGGUUCCAACCUCCAAAAAAACAACUCAAGCAACCAGUCGGCCGUCACCAAUCUCACAGAAGACAUCUUUCAGCACAAGCCUUGUACUAACAGAAAGUUCUACUGAGUCAGCAGCUGCUACAACUGAGAUAUCACAAACAGAAUCAACUGUGGGAGAUGCGACAACUGUUGAACCAACUUCUAGUAGUUUAGGAAGGAAAGAACCCAACAAAGACAGAAACAAGAACAAGAAAGAGGACAAGAUGAUGAUCGCUAUUGUAGCUGGUGUGGCAGCUGUGAUAUGUGUGGCUCUCAUUUUACUGUGCGUGUGGCUUAUAAUCAGUCAGAGAAGAAAGCACAGGAAUGGUGGUAAUUAUGAUGCUGGAACAACAGUGACUGCAAACCCAACAACUACUAAUUCGCAGAAUCACUUUCCGAUGCCUGGGCUUCUCAAGAAUCCUGUUUGUGAUAACUCGGUCUAUGCAGAACCAGAAGAAAAAGUUCGCAAGUCUGCAGCCGGUCUACUUGGUGAGUUAACAUGAUACGAUUCGCGACUCUUCAAGUUGUUCGCGCUCGCUCUUGUACCCAGCAUAGCAUAGCAUAGCAUGGCAUGGCAUGGCAUGGCA